AUGGAUUCGUCAAGCGUUUCGCCCUCGCAAUCUCGGCUCUUUAGACCACUCAAAGUUGGAACAAUGAAUCUUCAACAUCGUAUAGUGUUGCCGCCACUGACCCGAUUCCGAAACGACGACGCCCACGUUCCGCUUGAUUUCAUGCAGAAGUACUAUGCCGAUCGCGCUUCUGCACCAGGAACACUGGUCAUCUCCGAGGCUACGGCUGUGGCUCACAGCGAGGAGGGCCAGCGAAACCUUCCCGGUCUCGUCUCUGACGACCAGGUCGAGGGAUGGCGCAAGAUCAUCGCCGGUGUUCACGCUCAGGGGUCGUACUACUUCCAGCAGAUCUGGGCUAUGGGCCGUGCAUCCGAUGCUGAAUACAUGGAAGAACGAGGCCUCCCCUACCGGUCAAGUAGCAACGUACCUCUUCCAAAGUCGAGGAUGCAACCGCGAGAGAUGACCGAGGCCGAGAUUUUGGACACUAUUCAAGCAUUUGUUGAUACCGCAAAACGCGCCGUCGCUGCAGGCGCCGAUGGAAUUGAGAUACACUCUGCCCAUGGGUAUAUGCUUGACCAGUUUUUAUCCGACGGUAUCAAUAAACGGACUGAUAGAUGGGGCGGCUCGAUCGAGGGCCGUUCACGUCUUACCAUAGAGGUCGUCAAAGCAGUGGUCGCUGCGAUUGGCGCGGAUCGCGUGGGACUGCGUCUAUCACCCUUCGCGGGUUUCCAAGGGUCGGAGAAGUCCGAUUCCAGAGAGUUGUACACCUAUCUUGUUGGGCAACUCAAGUCUUUGAACUACAAGCUUGCAUACUUGUCGCUUGUGGAGGCAACAGGUGACCCAGGUGCUCUUAUCUUCGAUGACCAAGAGAUCAAUCUUGGGCAGACUUUGGACUUCAUCCUGGAAAUCUGGGACAACCUGUCCCCAGUCAUCGUAGCUGGUGGCUACCGGCCGGAUACCGCAGCCCGAGCGGUGGAGUAUCAUUACAAAUGGUUUGAUGUUCUCAUUGGGUUCGGACGGCUCUUCCUUGCCAACCCAGACCUGGUAUUCAAGAUUCAGCAUGGGCUAAAGCUCAACCGCUAUGACCGCUCGACAUUUUAUUUGAACAAGUCCGAGGUGGGCUACAACGACUAUGCCUUCAGCGAGGAGUUCCUGGGGAUAGCCUCUCCACAGGAAGUAUCUGCGAUGAGUACUGAGGUUGUUGCGCAGGAUCUUCGAAUGACUGAAUCUGGGCGGUCGCUAGUUCAAGCCGGUACAGCAGAGGCCUCUGAAGUUGAAGCAUAA